AUGAGCACAGAAGCUUUGUCGUGUAUUCAAAAUGGCAUGAUCUUCGAGCGAGAAGGAAGACUUGGCAAAGCAGAAGAGUGGUAUGUAGUGGGUAUACAAAGGCUCCGUGUCGCUAUGCAGGACACAUCAAUUGGAAAUUCACAGAAAAUGGUAUUGGGAGAAUAUCUGCAAGACGCGGCACGUUCUGUUCAGCGGAUUCGAGAAACUAGACGACGACGGCAACAACAACAAGAACAAAAAAAGCAACCAUUAACAAACAAUACUGUCACUUUGUCAACAUCAUCGGCUCAAGGGAACCAACAACAACAACAACAGGAAAAUGAUGAUGGUGGUGAUUAUUUGAGUUUUCUAGACGGUCAAUCAGAGAAUUUGACCACUCCAAACACCACUUCGUUAUCUUAUCAGGCGAAUAACAACCCUCCUGCGGCAGUGGCAACCCCACCACCAUUACCAUUACCAACAACACCAACACCAAGAAGUAGAGUGACAACACCACCACCACAGAUACCACCAACAUCAUUACAGAGACAUUCCAGCAACUCCUUGGCAGCUCACUUUGCACCGCGUGCUUCAGAUCUCGUUAUGAAGGCUAUAGAUGUCGCCACGAUUCUUACAAAACAGAAAGAAUACAAACGUGCUGUGGAUGUACUUCAGCACGCCUAUGAUAUGGGAAGGCGGGAACGCAACAGACCUGCAAAUUUUAAUCGAAUUGAAGAACAUUUAUUACUUUUGAGACGUGAGUACUACAACCGCUUUAAACCACGAUUUCUGCAGGAUAAUCCAGUUUUACCGGAGGAGAUGGAAAUUCUUAGGAAGUCUGGUAUCACAUCAACAAUCCUUCUCCCUAUUUGGGAUGAUUUACAGGAGGGUUAUGGUAGAGAAAAUGUUUUUAUGCCUUGUGAAGGACACUGGGAGGACUCAUUUACGCCUCGACUCUCAUCACUUCAACGUCAGGCUGGUGCAGAAUAUCUUCGAAUAGGUGAUAUUAAACCUGAUGUAGAACUUAGCAUCAUACAUACUGCUGAUCCUUUGAAUGUGAAACAGACUGUGGUGGGAGAUUGUUCAAUGGUGUGUAGCCUUAUUAUAUGUGCCUCAUAUCAGCAGAGAUUCCCAAAAGGAAAAAUAAUUAAUAACGUUAUUUUUCCACAAGAUAAUAAUGGUGAUCCUGUAGUUAACCCAAAAGGAAAAUAUUGUGUUAAGAUGUUGUUAAAUGGUAUGACACGACUUAUCACUGUAGAUGAUCGUUUUCCUGCAAAUCCUCGCACACGUGGGAUGUUGUGUACAUAUAGUCGUGAUAAAUCUGAAUUGUGGGUAUCAAUAAUGGAGAAAGCCUUUGUAAAGGUCUGUGGUGGAAGUUACGAUUUUCCAGGAAGUAGUAGCAGUGGGGACCUCUAUAAACUAUCUGGUUGGCUUCCGGAUGGUAUUAUGCUUGAUGCAGAAAAUUUUGACCCUGAAUUACACUGGAAUCGGUUGUAUAAGAGACAUGUUGAUGGUUCUGUUCUCAUAACAGCAAGUACACCAGCCCUAUCUGAGGAUAUGGAAAAGAAGUUUCGACUGGCCUCAAGUCAUGCUUACGCAGUACUAGGAAUGCGAGAGAUUGGUGAUGAACGUCUUUUAGAGUUGAAGAAUCCAUGGGGACAACGAUCUUGGAAUGGGGCGUACUCUAUUAGUGAUAAACGUCCAGAGGCAAUAAAAUUACUUUCAGAUUUGCAGUAUACAGAUGAACUAGCUGAUCAAGGAGUUUUUUGGAUUACAUGGAGUGAUCUCUGUAAGCAUUUCUUUCGUUGUUCACUUAGUUGGAAUCCUUAUAUGCUUUUUAAAACACCUGAAGGCAUGUCGCGUAGGCCUACUCGACUUUCAUGUCAUAGUCGUUUUCCAUAUACUCUAAGUGUAGGGCAGAUGCCACAGUAUCAUAUUGGCAUAAGUAAAGCAUCACGACCUUCACGUAUGCAUCUCGUAUUCUCACGUCAUAUUACGGAUGUGGAAUCUUUUGGGCAACAGUUUGAGAAGGACCACCCAGGGGUACCUUAUGUAGCUUUGAAGGUUUAUGAUGUAACACGAUAUCCUUCUAUUGCUCAACAUCUUGGAGCACAAUGUACAUUUGGUAUGUGUUAUUGUCGUCGAUUGGCACACGGAACAGAGUUAGAAAAAGUCCUUGAACCGCUAAAUGAAGUUAUUUACAAAAGUGUAGCAGCACAUACAGUGAGUUUUACUUGUCCAGCUGGGACAAGUAAUCUUCUUGUUCUUGUUAGCCGAUUAGAGUCAACUGUAAAGGAGGAAUUUAGUUUCUCACUUACUUUGCAUACAGAAUGGUCACAAAUAAAACUAAACGAAAAGGAACAAUCAUCUGGUGGUGUUUACAUGCACGCUAUCCCACGUAAUAACCUAAAGUACUGUUCUGUAAUACAGGGAAAUUGGGUAAAAGGGGUGAGUUGUGGUGGAAGGAGUGAUUCACAAACCUUUGUGUACAAUCCACAAUAUCUCCUUUCGUUAUUAAAACCGUCAAUGAUUUCUGUAAGAUUGUGUACAGCAGAGUGUGAACCAUCGGUGCAAGUGCAUGUUGUGAAGAAGGAGCAAAAUACUUCAUAUGAAGAAGUUAAGUGGUCAUCACGGAUUGGUGCUAUUAACUCUGAGUGUAAUCUCCUUCUACAAGCACCACUCUACGCCCAUGGUGGUGUUGUUGUGGACACAAGUCUUCGAACAUGUCUUUCGUUUGACACUAAACGGCUUCUUGGUGAGAAAAAACAACAACAACAACAACAAGAAAAGGCGAUGGUAACAGAGCCGCUUCCACCGCUUCCUUCGGGUAAUUAUACCAUUAUACCUGCACAAUGGGUUAGUGGUGUUCCUGCUUCUUUUGAACUUGUUGUAGAGACUACAGAACCACAUAAAUUGCAGGAGAUUCCACCAGAGGGCAGUGGUUUUAAAGAAACAGUGCUGCAAGGGGAACUCAAAGGCGGCAGCGCAGGUAAUCCGCUCGCACUGAUGCCAACAACUGACACGUACUUUUCUAGUAAUAGCAAGGUAUGCAUUGUGGCCACAUCACCUGGUAUUUUAACUGGUCGUUUGCUACUCUUAUUGAAAUCACAGGAUGGGAGUAAAAGCCCAGAGAAGGGUGUUGCCAUUAAUGUGAGUCUUUUUCGGUCAAAAGGCGCAGUGUCAAUGGAACUCAUCGCUUCUUCUGGGUCUUAUGAUCCUUGUAGUGUUGCAUUACCACCAGUGAAAGUGGAUGCAAACACUACCUAUGUCUUGAUAGUAUCCUCUGCUAAACCAUCCCACGUAAAGUACGUACUGCGUCUUUAUUCUAGUUGUGUUGUAAGUGCGCAACUCUCUUAA